AUGUGUGUUGGUGCGAUUUUGCAGGCUUUAGUCCAUGCACCUCCCGCUCACCGCGCCGCUGCUACACCCGUUUCUCCGCGCGCCUGCCGUCGGCCGCUCGUGCUGAGCGCAUACGACGGUGUGCUGGACCCCGAGCUGUUCGAGAAAACCGGCGAGUUGGGGCGUGGCGGGUUUGGCACGGUGGUGGCGAUGCGGCGAGUGGAGAACGGCGAGGUGAUGGCGGUGAAGCGCGUGGAGCGAAAGCAGCUGGUGGCGGCGUCGAACGAGGCAAUGCUUUCAGUGUCGCUGAGCGAGUGCCCGGGCGUGCUGGGCGUGCGCGAGGUGCAUCUGGGCGAGCAGCACGCGUACAUGCUCUCCAAUGUGUGCUCUGGCGGCGACCUCCGCGCCCUGCUGCAGCGACGCAAGGCUGCUGCAAGCAACGGCGCGGGAGACGCGGGGAGAGGCAAGGGGAGGCGGUGGUGGGGGAAGGCGAGCGUGCGGCUGGCGGACUUUGGGGUGGCGCAGGUGGUGGCGGAGGGGCAGCGCGGGUGCAGCACUCCCGCAGGCACUCCCGGGUACAUGGCGCCCGAGGUCGAGGCCCUCUGCCGCCCUCGCUGCCCUCCUGCCCCGGGCGCCGCCAAGCACGCUAGAAAAGCAGCGGGAAGAGCAGAGGUAGGAAGCGCAGAGGCAGCGGGGUAUGGGCGCGCAGCUGACGUGUGGUCGCUGGGGGUGACGCUGUACGAGAUGAUUGCGGGCGAGCGGCCUUACUCAGGAGAGGCGCCUCAGCAGGGCGAGUGGCGCGCGCGUGUGGAGGGGGCUGCGUGGGAGGGCGUGUCAGAGGAGUGCCGCGCGCUGGUGAGUGGCAUGCUGAGAGUGCGCGUGGAGGAGAGGCUCACCAUGGCGCACGUGUGCAACCACCCCGCCAUGAUCCAAGCCUUUGGGGGCAGUGGGGGGAGCAGCGCGGGGAAGAGCAGGAGCGGGAGGUGGUGGUGA